AUACAUAACCACUGCAUCUGUUUCCCCCCCCCCCCCCCUCUUUUUUUUUUUGUCUUGUUUUUCUCGGUACCUAUGGGUCGGGACGUAAGGGGUUAACCUCGGAUGGCACCGCUGCCACUUCAACGGGAGCCUUAACCCCUUCUCUCAUCGCCACAGUGAGCGGAAUUGAGAGCGUGCACACGGUCAGGGGUUGGUCAGUGCCGUGUUGUGUCGAGCUGGGGAUGAGUCUGGCAGCAGCAGGUUGGAGGUGCCCGGGUUUCGGUACCAUUUUUUGUUGUUCCCCCGUGUAAAAAAAAAUAUAAAUUCAGAAGGGAUCCCACAAGGAUGAGCUAAGCUGAGAUCACCCUGGAUCUGUAGAAGGGAUCUACUCCGCCAGACACCAUGGACCUCUCCUUUAUGGCAGCUCAGCUCCCUGUCAUGGGAGGAGCUUUUAUGGACUCUCCAAACGAGGAUUUUGGCACAGAAUAUUCCUUAUUCAACUCCUCAGCCAACGUCCACGCCGCCUCAUCUGCCCAGAGCCCCCCCGAGGAGCCGUCCCGGUCCUCCAAUGAUGCUAUACUGUUAUGGAUUGCCAUUAUUGCCACCAUUGGAAACAUCGUGGUGGUCGGAGUGGUUUACGCCUUUACGUUUUAAGGAGUCUGGAACUGUUGCCUCAAGCCACACACAGUAUUUUUUAUUGAUGUUCUAUCCCUGUUCAUAAUUUACAUCCUGUCAGACCGAAAAAGAAGAGAUCAUGAAACAUUUAACAAAAAGAAACAAUGUUUCGCUGUACAAAGGAAAUAAGUUAAAGUGCUACGCGGUCACAUAGUCAAUGGAACCUGAAGGUCCGAACUGUCUUCGGCAGAAACAGGAACCCAUAU